AUGACGGAUGUUUGGAGCGGAGACAUUCUGCUACCAGGCGGCAAUGCUAUCAGAGAAGUCGGCCUCGCGUCGCAAAAUGGCGCGUCUUCACCAGCCCUCCCCGCAACGGCUCUACGCUUCCUCUCCACCGUCGAUACCGCCAGAAUACCGCUGUACCUUGCCGCCGGACCCAGUCUAGAUGUAUGGACGACGGAAGAAGCUACUCAAGCUUGGUUCGAAUCAAUUCUGCUGAGCAAGCCUACUUUGGUGGACGCGCCCAGGAACGCUGCGAAGGAGUGGUGGGACCUGGCGCGCUCGCAAUCGCCAAUUGGCAUUCUGGUACAAGUCCAAAAGGCUGAGGAAGAAGUGUACAGGCCUAGAGUGACUGAGAUACUCUUCUAUGGCACUAUCGCUGCUCCUGCCAAUGGUAGGCUGCCAACACCACCGUCCUCGUCACCUUACGUCGACAAUGCACACGUCGAGAUACUUCCCGAGCUUCGAGUACACGCACUACCACUAUCAUCUAAUCUUCUGCAUACCUCUAGCAUCGAUUUGCCAAGCGAUGCCGAGCCCCAAUUCCUUCCGCCGCUACACGAAUCUCAUGUUCCCCCUAAGUCACCAAAACGCAAUCGAGACAUAUUCGAAGAAGCCACCAUCGCGAACAAGAAAGCACGAGGAAGAGGCGGGAGAGCCGUCUCAGCAGCGGCAGCUCGCGUAAGCGAAUCCCAGCAACCAUACACCCACCGCAAGUCAUCUCUCUCCAUCGACACCAAAGCAUCGCCCUUCCCCGACUCCAGGCUGCCGUCUGCGUCUGAUCACCUGUCCCGCCCCACCUCGCGCCCACUCUCCCGAUCGCCGAGCAUAUCCUCCGAUACACGACCGCUCAGCCGAAAGGGCCAACCAGAAUCACAUGCCAGGCGAUCGAACCUGUCGCAGGUCGCUACAGUACCCAUACAGCCUGAGGAGCCAACGACAGAGUCGCGGAACAAAGAUGCACUUGUAAAGGUAGUCAUGGCCGCAAUGCGCAUGCACGGGUUACAGCAACGGAAGCAAACCAGAUCUCGUCGGGCCUCAGUAGCUGGCGCAGAAGAAAGCCAGCAGUUGAGCGAGGAGGCGGCUGCCGAAGAGGCUGCAAAGGACGACGAGUACAAAUUGAUUUAUCAUCAAACUUACAAAGGUGCAGCGCUGGCACUGAGGAAACAUAUGUCUGAGAAACCGCUGCAUGCCACGCCCGAUCGAAUGCGUGAUAUCGUGGAAAAGUUCCUAGCACUCUUCCUAUCCGAUCCCCUCGCCGAACCUUUACCUACCGAGAUGCCUGCGGAUCCAGUAGCUACACCCGGGAGUAGACCGCGGUUUGGCCUUUCAGGAUCUACACACGGCCACGCUAGCCCUUUUGAUCUGCCUAGCACCUCCCGACGGCCGGGUAUGAUGAGAUCUGUCACUGAUAGUCAUGUGUAUACGGGGUCGCCAGUGAGUAAGAAGAGAGUUACGAAUGGCGAGUCGUUGGGCGUGCCCACGUGA